GCUUGAGCUAGUCCUAGGUCGCUCGAGUUCAGUUCAUCCACGCUUAGAUCGGCACAACCAAGAUCCGUACACACGCCUUGUCAUGCAAUUGGGUUGGGUAUGUAGGAUUCUAGUUGGAUCCACCAAAAGAUUCUGCCCUUCUUCCUCCUCCCAGCUCCUUUCCUUUACGGUCGGCGUUGCACGGCGUGCCCACCCUCCGCUCCCUUUCGCAGCCGGCGGGCUUCUCGCGCUCCACCGUGAGCUCCGGCAUCUACGUAGCACGGCCCGUCCUGGUGCCGUGGACCGGUGCUGGAGAGAUGAUUCUAAAUGGAUGGACGGUAAUCUCAGGAAGUAUGGCAAUGAAACCUGGGCACUGCGGGGCAUCAUCAUACAACUCUUCUUUUACACGCUUUGCUCGGCCGCCCUUGUUUUCUACUUGUCCAAAAGCAAACUUCUCUUGUCAACCUUCUCAAGUAAUUGGAGUCUUGCCCUCCAGAGGAUGGAUCACUGCACACCUCUCAAGCACCUCAGCAUCCCUUCUCAGAGGAGAUUAUGGCAGCCUUGCAGAUAUGGUGCCAGAUUUGGCCACACGAUUGGCUAAGUGGCCUAGAAAUCGGAUGGUUCCUAGAGCAUCGAAGGAUGUUCCAUACAGCUUCCGCUACCCUCCGAUGACCAAAAAGCCGAGGUGGUGGUGGAGGACCUUGGCCUGCAUUCCCUACCUAAUGCCUCUUCACGAGACCUGGAUGUAUGCAGAGACUGCAUAUCAUCUUCACCCUUUCUUGGAGGACUUUGAGUACCUCACCUACCCCUUCCUUGGGUUCAUAGGCAGUCUGCCAAGCUGGUCUUUAAUGGCCUAUUUCUUUGUAGCCUACCUUGGGGUGGUGAGGAGGAAGGAGUGGCCGCACUUCUUCCGCUUCCAUGUUGUGAUGGGGAUGCUGCUCGAGAUCGCCCUCCAGGUCAUUGGGACUGUGAGCCGUUGGAUGCCACUUGCUGUGUACUGGGGCAAAAUUGGGAUGCAUUUCUGGACUGCCGUGGUGUUUGCGUACCUGUUCACAGUGCUUGAGUGCAUGCGCUGUGCACUUGGAGGCAUGUAUGCAGACGUCCCAUUUGUCUCUGAUGCCGCAUAUAUUCAGAUUCCAUAUGAUUAAGAACUGUUGUAUCUUCUUGUAUUCUUUAUACUAUAGAAUGGUGGUUUCUUCUUGGAAAACUCUUUUUAGAGGGAACUGGAAUUUAUGGUUUUGUCAUUACAUUUUGUACAGGAAACCAGGAAUCUUUCUUUGUUUGUUGGCUGUGUCA